AUGUCGACAAACGAUGUGGUGAUCAGCGGUAUGUCCGGUCGGUUCCCACUGUCGGACACCACCGACGAGUUCGCACGCAAUCUAUACGACGGCGUCGAUAUGGUUACCGCCGAUGACAGUCGAUGGCCAACGGAUUUACUGGAUAUAAACCCACGGAUGGGAAAGAUUAUGGACUUCAAUAAGUUUGACGCGACUUUCUUUGGACUCAUCGAGCAAAUGGUGAACCAGAUCGACCCCCAGGCCCGGAUGCUCCUUGAGGUUACCCACGAGGCCGUAGCUGACGCGGGUUACAAUCCACAAGAGAUCCGCGGCAGUAGGACAGGUGUGUACGUGGGUGUAGUGACAUAUGCCAUGACCGACGGCUACCCAGAGGACGCUCAGCCCGAUUUGCGCUCGUAUUUGUCGACCGGAAUCCUACAGAUGUUUAACGCGAAGACCUUCUACUCGAGUGUCAUAUCAUUUGUGUUUGACUUGAAGGGUCCGUCGAUGAUAGUGGACACCGCCUGCUCGGGGUCGGGCACUGCCUUCUGUCUGGCUAUGAACGACCUACGGCUUGGUCACAUCGACAACGCCAUCGUGUGCGGCACACACAUGACGUUCGAGCCGUUUAUACUGCAAAUGGCACAGGAGUUGGGCCUAUGCUCGGCCCGGGGGGUGUCGGCCGUACUGGACGAGGGGGCCGAUGGGUUUGUAAAGGGGGAGGCCGUGUGUGGAGUGUUUCUACAGAGGCGUGAGUGCGCGCGUCGAGUGUACGCCAGUGUGCGGUCGGCCCGCAUGAACGUUGACGGCCACAAGACGUUAGGGAUGUUUAUGCCGUUAUCCGAGUCACAGGAGGAGCUCAUGGUUGACACCUAUAAGGAGGCUAAUGUCGAUCCCCUGGAUCUAACCUAUUUUGAGGCCCAUUGUACCGGCACCAAAGUUGGCGAUCCUUUGGAGGUAAAAGCUAUAUACAAUGCCUACUGUAAAGGGCCGGGACGUAAGGAACCACUGCCAUUGGGGGUAUUGAAAAGUAACAUGGGUCAUGCUGAGUCUGGGUCGGGGACGGCAUCCAUUAUAAAAGUGUUGAUAUCCUAUGAGAAUGACUGCAUUCCUCCCAACCGGAUCCGAGAGAUAGAGAAC